AAACAAUUUUACUUUGACAAUAUAAAAGCAUAUUAACUUUCCUUUAUUGGCUGUUAGAGUUUUAAGGUAAAUUGUAACUGUUACACUGAUACUUUUUCCCAUCUUCAUUUGUGAAACACUCCAGAGUGCUGAAAUGCCAUCAUGUGGAUUUAGGUGGUACUGCACCCAUUCUCAGCUGUUUUGACAUACAGCCAGGUUUCUCCAUUAAAGACAUGUUUACAAUUAAAUCCCAAAGGUCACACAACUGUGUAAACACACUUCUUUUGGCACAACAUCAUUUUCGUCACAGCUGUAAGUUUGCCCAUGCAUAUCCUAUUUCCUAGUCUGUUCUUUUCCAACUUGUAUCAGAAAGAAUGUUAAUACGGCUAACAUCUAUGCUAUUUAUCAGGUCCUCACUAUUCUGUGUCAAUGUUAAAUGGACAGGUAACUUUGAAGAUGUUUACGUGCUGCAUUAAUUUUCUUUCAUUCAUUUAUUCAUACCUUUAUUCAUAGUCUAUCAGCCAUUCACUCACGUGCACUAUUCUGACUUCUCUAAUUUGUGUCAUUACAGGACCUUUGGUGGCAACAUUCGGCAACGUAACAGAUUUCGCUGGCAACAAUGUUGACGAGAAUGGCGACCAUACUGUCACCCUUGCUCCUGCUGACCUUCGCUCCCAUGUUAAGCCUGGCCUGUCCCCGUGGGUGCCAGUGUUACGGUGACGUUCCCUCGGUCCACUGUUAUUACCUGGACAUCACAACUGUGCCCUCUGGCUUUCCUCCUAACACCACGCUUCUCGCCAUCCGCCAUUGUAACAUCACCACACUGCGCAGGGGUGACUUUAGCGGCAUGCCUCUGUUAGCGACGCUGUACCUCGACUGGAACAACAUAUCCACCAUCGAGCCUGGGACUUUUGAUGGCUUGUUUCACCUGCAAUCUUUGACCUUCGGUGCGAAUCGCGUCACUAAGCUCACCCCGGGCCUCUUCAAAGACAACAAGCUGACGGAUUUUGAUGCGUCUGACAACCGUAUUGAAUCUAUACCGUCUGGCGUGUUCACCAAUCAUUCUAGUCUGACGGGCCUGAUUCUAAACGAUAACCGUAUUAGCAUGCUUGGUGCUGAUGCCUUUGCAGGGCUGCCUCAACUCGUGGAGAUCCAAAUUAACAACAAUCUCAUUCCUCGAAUCCCUGCUCACGCUCUGAAGGGCGCUUACAAGCUUUGGACUCUUUCGAUGCCAGGAAACGCCAUUUCAGAGAUAGAAGAAGGUGCUUUUUCCGACUGCGCCUCUUUGUACAACCUCGAUCUUAGCAACAACCUGCUGACCACUCUAGAAGGCACCUUGAAGGGUCUCACAUUCUCGAACCUGAAUUCCUUGACGGUUUCCGGAAAUCGAAUUCUCGAAAUUACCAACAGCACCCUGACAAGUCUGACUUCUCUUCGGGACUGUUUUCUGGACCACAACAGGAUCCGUAAAAUCGAGAGCGGUGCCUUCAGAGGGAUGGGGAACCUGAACAACUUCUACCUCGGCAACAAUGAACUUGAAGAGAUGCCGCUAAACGAACUUGAAGGCGUUCUUAAACUUGACCUAACGAACAACAGGCUACGGACUCCACCUUUGAACAUGAGUGCCGCACCGAAUCUUGCAAUAUUGAUGCUUUCGGGCAACCCCAUGAAGACCUUGGCACCAUCACAGUUUUCAGGCCUCAAAAGUAUCUUCGACGUUGAUCUUAACAACGUGACGGCAGUGAGAGAACACACGGCAGAUUUCCGCGCCUUGUGCGACGCUCCGACUUUAGAGUCUGUGUCCAUGAACGACAACAACCUCACAUCGUUCCCUUACAAUCUCCUAUCAUGUGCAGGGAAUGCUACCUAUAUCAGUGUGGCAGGCAACAGGAUAACACAGUUCAAAAACGACGACUUUUUCUUCUUAAGAGAAAUAGCACAACUGAACCUUGCAGACAACAGGAUCACUGACAUUUCUACGCUAACAAAAGCCCUGCAGACAACCCUCUUUAUGUUCUCUUUGACUUUGACAGGCAAUCCCAUGGUUUUUCUCCCAGAAAAAUUAUAUCCAGUUGCGAGCCUAGAUCUCGAUAACAUGAAACUUUGCGCAGUUGACAAGGAUGCAUUUGAAUGGAUGGGCAAACUUGAGUCUAUCAACCUGGCCAAGAACAGGCUCCGGUUCAUACCAGGGAAGCUUUUUGCAAACAUCAGUGUCGAGAAAGUCAACUUGGACGACAACCCCUGGCAGUGUGACUGUCAGAUGUACGAAUAUGCUCUGUGGAUGAAAACCAGUAACAAUUCGGAGAAGUUUGACAUAGUCUGCAAAGGACCAGAGAGGUUGAACGGAACAUACUUGUCGGAUAUACCCCUUAAAAACCUUACAUGUGACUGCGUUCAUUAUCAAGCGCCAGCUAUUAAUACCACAGGCAGUGACACCCAUGUCAAGGCUGGCCAACGUGCACGACUGGUGUGUAACGUCGCAGGAUGUCCCAAGGCAGCUGUCAUCUGGACAACUCCACUCGGCGAAGCUUUCUCAGAGGAUUCGGAUGAUCCUAGGUUCACCGUUUUGCCAGACGGAGGAUUGGAGAUUCGCGAAACAAAGAUGACUGACGUGGGCAUGUACAACUGUACAGCGAUAAACUACCUGGGAACUAGUCAGGAAAGCGUUGGUCUCAAGGUUAUGAGUUCCAAAACAGCAGUAGAGCAGUAAAAUGACCACAGUCUGUAACUAAACAUCUUAAAAGUU